GGAACCGCAGCCGCUGGUUUGAUUAUGGUUGACUCCUUUGAUCAAGUGUAGAUUAGCCUUAUAUAAAAUUUUAAAGGGAUUGGGUCAAGCACUCAAAUACUCACCGGCACCACCUUCACAACUCCCACUCUUUUCUGUAUAUAUUCUAUCUUCCGUCUAAACCUCUAGCAGUUGUAGAUUAUUCUUCAAACCUUCAACAUCUAACCAUGGCAACUCGCAUCCAAUUCGAAAAUAGUAGUGAAAUCGGCGUGUUCUCAAAACUCACCAACAGCUACUGCCUAGCUGCAAUCCAAGGCAGUGCAAAUUUCUACUCGGCCUUCGAGGCUGAGCUUGGCGAUGUCAUCCCCAUCGUGCAUUCCACAAUUGGUGGCACCCGCAUCGUUGGGAGAUUGACUGCAGGAAAUAGACAUGGUCUCCUCGUCCCUUCAACAACGACUGAUCAGGAACUGCAGCAUCUGCGCAACUCCCUUCCCGACGCUGUGUCGAUCCAGCGAGUGGAAGAACGUCUAUCCGCGCUUGGAAAUGUCAUCGCUUGCAACGACUACGUUGCCCUCGUCCACCCUGACGUCGAUCGCGAGACAGAAGAAAUAAUCGCUGAUGUGCUCAAGGUUGAAGUAUUUAGGCAGACCGUCGCAGAUAACGUCCUUGUGGGAAGUUAUUGUGCGAUCUCAAAUCAGGGUGGACUUGUUCAUCCAAAGACGAGUGUUCAGGACCAGGAUGAACUGAGUAGCCUUCUACAAAUUCCCCUUGUGGCUGGUACUGUCAACCGAGGUUCAGACGUUAUUGGCGGAGGUCUUGUCGUGAACGACUGGUGUGCGUUUACUGGGCUUGACACUACCGCCACAGAGAUCAGUGUCAUCGAAGCUGCAUUCAAGCUUCAAGGACAAAGUUCUUCAGCUGUCAUUGGAGAGAUGCGGGAUUCUCUUAUCGACAACUGGGCAUGAUUGAAAUUUCACUGUCACGCAUCCCGUCACUGUUACAUAUACCAUACCUUCACGUCUACAUUUACAUUUGAAGUGCAGCAACAUGAAUUCUGUAUCUUUACGCUUGUAAGUCGUUGGAAAUGGAAAAAUAGUAAGAGGGAUUGAUACUGGAGAAUAUGUUCAAGUGUAAUGUUAUUCGCCAAUUCUCUGUUGUA